CCAGGAAACCAGAGCACUUUGUACAAAGGUUGGUAGAGCAGAGCAGAAAGGGGAUUGCAUAAGGAAGCAGUGCUGUGUUCUUCUGCAGAAACAACAUCAAUACAGCGACAGCUAUGAGUGCAGACAGCAUUGACGAUAUACUACCCCAGAAUUUCGCCUAUGUCAUCUUCAGCUUCAUCUACAGCUAUGUCAUCAUUAUGUAUCUCGGUAUAAAUGUGGGAAAAGCCAGGAAGAAGUAUGGAAUCAAGUAUCCUCAGAUGUAUUCAGACAAAGAGAAUGUCUUUAACUGUAUACAGAGAGCUCAUCAGAAUACGUUAGAAGUGUAUCCCGCCUGGCUGAUCUUUCAGCUUAUUGCAGGACUUGCAUUUCCGCUUUCUUCUGCUGUUCUGGGAGCAAUCUGGGUAACCAGUCGCAUUUCUUACGCUCAUGGAUAUUAUACAGGCGAACCAGAAAAAAGAUAUAAAGGUGCUUAUGGAUACAUCGGUCUGUUUGGUGUAGUCAUUUUGUCUUUUGUAGCAGGCCUUCAACUUCUUGAUGUUGUUUGAUCACCAACAUAUCAUCUAGAUUUACUUCUGAAAUGGAAUUAUUUCAAAUGUAUCAACCCAUCUGCCUUACCAUUUGUUAAGUAAAAAAUAAAAACCUUUUUUUGGUAAAGUA